AAAAAGCUUUACUUACUCCUCUCUUCGUCGUUCCAAUUUUUUUUGUGUUGCCCCAUCAAGUCUGAUCAACUCAUGAUAUUCGUCCGUUAGUCUGUGUAACUCGUCUUCUAGUUUUUUUUCUUCCAUUUUUAACGAUUUUUAAUGGAUGGUAAUCAACAGAAGAAAGGUGCAAUGAUAGAGCCGGGAGAGGGGAAACGCCAAACGGACACAACAAUCGACAAGAAAAUUGGAACUUGGAUUUACGAAAAACAAUUACGGUCAUGCAACCUGUAGACUUGACUAUGCUGUUUGCUGAACCAGAUCUACGUCGUCUGCACCGUCUGCACUUACCGAUGCAAGAUUACCGACAGCAUGAAAUUUCUCGACUCACGGCUGACAAUUUGGAUCUCCAGGAAAAUAAUGAUUUGCUAUCCGAACAACUCAAAAAGUACAGAUCGCAGAUGAAAUUGGCGAAAAAGGUGAAGCAGGAGGGUGUACUUGCCGAAAAUCAGGAAGCCAGCCCUGAAGUGCAUGAAACAGUUCAUUCGAGUCGUAGGAACGAAAGAAGCGAAUCACCACUGCCGGUUGUUCGUAAAAAGGAAACGAUUACCUUGGGAUGUUUGAUUUUAACAUGGACGACGAAGAGCAGAUCGCCAGGAAUCUCGUCUAUGAAUUCAAACCAAGCGUUGCGUCAACUCUGUUACCCGGUCUUCCGGCAUACAUCAUUUUUAUGUGUGUCCCACACGCAGAUUACAUCAACAGCGACGAGAAAAUCCGAGAUUUCUUAACUCUGAUUAUUAACGCUAUUUAUCGACUCAUUAAGAAACGCCAUGAGGAUCUGGACAUUUGUUGUUUGGUUGUUGUUGUUUGAUUAGUCAACACGUGCAGAUUUUUAGACAAUCUAAAGCAGUAUAGUGGAGAAAAGGUAAAUUACGAUAUGCGCUUAUCGUGGAAGAAUCCCACCGUCUGUACUACUGGAUUCAAACUGGCUAUAAAGGGGGUGGAAAUGUGGCAUUAAUUAAUUAUUUUGACUGUGGCUGCCGU